AUGACGAGUUCUUCCUUUCCUUCUGCAGCGCUUUGGGCCCUUAUCUUGGUCCUCGUCUUCCUCUCACCGGCGUCCACGAGUCGUCUCUCUCAGGAUGAUGAUACCUUCUCGGCCUACGUUUGCGGCCGCCACUGCCACCACCGAGCUGCGAGUUCUUCCUCCUUAUUGCGUGGGUUGCCUUCGUGGUGCCUCCGUCCUCGGCCAGGCCAGCUUCAGCCCCCUCCGCAGCCGCCGCCCGGGGAGGAGGAGGAGGAGGUCGAUCCCCGAUACGGCGUCGAGAAGCGGCUCGUGCCGACCGGGCCCAAUCCUCUUCACAACUGA